CUCGCUUCCCUUCUCGCCGCAGCUCGCCCGUUCCUACGCGACGAGGCCGACGCCGUCCCUUCCGACCCCGCCCUUUCCACACUCCUCUCCGCACUCCGCGCAGCCGGCGCCGGGGAGUGCUGGCACAAGCACGGCACCUUCCUCGCCCACCUUAUUGGUGUCCACCGCAUCUUAACCCUAUGGGGCGCUCCCCUAUCCGUGGCCCGUUGCGGCCUCUACCACUCCGCGUACUCCAACUCCUAUGUUAACCUCGCCAUCUUCGAACCCGGCGCCACCUCUCGCGACGCCCUCAGCCUCUCUCUCGGCCCCUCCGCCGAGCGCCUCGUCCACCUCUUCUGCAUCGUCCCCCGCCAACAAAUCAUCCACGAUUUCCUCCUAUUCCGUUACUCCGACGCAGAGCUCACCGAUCAUCUCAUCGCCUCCGCCGAUUCGGCCUACCGUGGGAUCGAAGAGCCCUGGCGUCAGAAGAUCAACGCCCUGGUUCCGCCACAGGGGAUUUAUGUUAAGCACAUAAGAACCGGGGAAGACGUUCUGGUUUCACGCCGGGUGAUCGCGGCGUUUUUACUAAUGACCAUGGCGGAUUUCAGCGACCAGUUGUUCGGGUUCCAGGAUCGACUCUUUAACAACGAAAACGGCCGGCUUGAAUUCUCCGGAAACAAUGUUUCCGGCGCUCUGUGGCCGGGGGACGCCAGACCUGGGUUAUGGAUGAAUUCUAUUUCACGGAUGGGGGCGAUCUAUAAUCUAAUGGUGAAGGAAGAAGAGAUAUACAUGGAGGAGAAGAGGAGAGAAGGAAGAAGAGUUGCAGAAGAAGACGAGGAUAUAGACCUGGUAAUUCCGCCGGUGUUCGAGAGCUGCACUAGGGUUCUGGACGCUGACGAUCAGAGAACAGCGAGGGACUUGUACUGGGAGGCGGUGGCCGGCGGCGGAGACGGAGGGGAGAAGACGGAGAAGCUGUUGAGGAGCUGUGAGAAGAAUCCAUUCAUUGGAGAGCCGCAUGUGGUUCUGGCGCAGGUUUAUCUGGGGAUGGAGCGGUGGGAGGAGGCGGAGAGAGAGGCGGCGAUAGGGCUGAGGCUCAUGUUGGAAUGGGGA